CCUGCGUCAUUUCCUAUACAGAGGCUUUGAGAGCAGGCAAUUGAGGAGCACAGAGUUGCGCGCUGUGGAAGCUCCGUCGUCAUCCUGUAGAAACCCAACAGACUCUGGAGUUUCUGCAGUAGCAGUGAUGAAUGUGGGAGAGCGCAGGGGUUAAUAAGAAGUACCUACUUAUAAUUUAGCUCACCAGAAAGAAAACCCUCUAUGGACUUUCAUCAACCGGAUAUCAGAUAUGAUACAAGGCACUGUUUAAUUUGUUAGGUUUUGCCUGGUGGAGGAGGUAAAGGCGGCUGUGCAUCUUUUUAGGUGGACUUGGAUUUUAAAAGGCAGCCAAGAAAGAGACUAUCUUGUGUUUUUCAUUGGAAGAAGACAGGAGUCAUCGACUUAAAAAUGAUUUGUUACUGGGAGACACAUCUUGUGCGCCGCACAUCAUCGCCGUUACGCACGUAGAUUACCGGUCACCUGUUGAAGUUACCCGACGCGCGGUGAGCUGUUUUACUUUUUGAAUAAAAAGAGAAUCACCCCAAACGGCGCUAAACCAGAUGUCAGAUCCGUCCUCUGGUCAGUAUGAUGCGGUGAUUCCCCGUUAUGUUGUAGGAUGAGCGCUGAUCUGGAGCGCGUUUCGCUCAACACAUCGGUGAACUCGGGCGGCUCGGGCGGCCGUGCGCUCUCGGCGAACGUCCGGAGGCUCCACAACGCCCUCAACCUGCUGCUCAGCGACCUGGAGAGAGAGCAGUUCAUCCACUGCCUCAAUGUGUACCACGCCAAGCGCAACGUCUUCGACCUGGUCCAAACUCUCAAAGUGAUCCUCAACACGCCGAACAAGCGCCAGCUGCUGCCCAUGCUGCGCCUCGUCAUCCCGCGCUCCGACCAGCUGCUGUUUGACCAGUACACGUCGGAGGGACUCUAUCUGAAGACCGAUCUGCUGCCCAACAACGGCAGCGCGGAGGGGCUUGGGGACGGGAGCGAUGGAACUCUGCAAAAAUAUGUCAGUUCCAUCCACGAGCAGCCGCCCGCCACCGGCUGUCCGGACGGUUUCAGCGCCGUGGCGGAGCGGCCAGCCUCUGUGGCGCCGCCGCUCGUCCAGGGCCACUUUGGAGAGGUGCGCCAAGUCACCCUGACGCGCACCAAGAGCCACGAGGGACUGGGCUUCAGCAUCCGCGGGGGGUCGGAGCACGGCGUCGGGAUCUACGUAUCCCUGGUGGAGCCGGGCUCCUCGGCCGAGAGGGAGGGACUGAGGGUCGGAGACCAGAUAGUGACCGUGAACGACAUGAUGUUUGACAGAGUCACACACGUCGAAGCAGUCAAGGUGCUGAAGGGAUGCAAGAAGCUGGCCAUGUCGGUGUGCUCUGUGGGUCGCAUCCCUGGAGGCUACAUCACCAACCACGUCUACAGCUGGGUGGACCCGCAGGGCCGCAGCGUCUCCCCCCCGUGUGACAUGGACACAGGCCAAAACCGAGGGUAUGGCAUGGAGGAGAGGACGGUCAACCUGAACAUGGACGACGGUCGCUCUCUCGGCCUAAUGAUCCGAGGUGGUGCCGAGUACGGUCUGGGCAUCUUCAUCACUGGAGUGGACCCUGGCUCUGCGGCAGACGCUGGUGCACUGAAGGUGGGUGACCAGAUCCUGGAAGUGAACGGGCGAAGCUUCAUCACCAUCUCCCACGACGAGGCGGUUCACAUCCUCAAGACGGGGUGCCACCUGCUGAUGAGGGUGAGGGACGUGGGGCGUCUGCCUCAUGCCCGGACCGUGGUGGACGAGACCAAGUGGAUCACCAGCCAGGCCAUAGCAGAGAGCACCGCCACAGCCAACGCAAGUGCGAGCGCCCUCCCCAACCCCUCCGUCAACGCCAGUGUCAAUGUUACUCCUUGCAAUACAAGACCAUCCUCAGGCAGAGCCACACCUACAUUAGGAAAGCCGCUGGUGUGCAGGGGUGUCGGUCCGCCAGGUACUCAAGUGUCUCUGGAGGAGCAGGCCUACCUGCUGCUGACGGAGCCAGAGAGGCAAACCAUGGCGUACUACCUGCAGGAGUACCAGGACGGACACAUAGGAGUGGAGCCACUAACCAUGGCCCUGUUUGAGCUCUUCAACACCCACGCCAAGUUGUCCCUGCUGACCGAGGUGAGGAGUCUGGUGGCUCCUCAGGACAUUGAGUUGUACGAUGGGCUGGUGUUGCACCGUGAGAGGGAGGCUCACAAGGCCUGGCAUGGAGGCCUGGGCGGGCAGCAUCCACAGACCCACUGCAUCCACGAGGCCACAAUGAUUCACGACACAGGACACGCCGCCCAUGCCAAGACUGACAGCUCCGUUAGUGGCAGGACAGACAAAGAGCUAGAGGAGAACACUAAUGCCUUACAAGAUAUUGCAUUGGAUGAAGUGCAGUGCUCACAUGAAUCCCCUCCUCCCUUCAGGCCUGCUCCUCCCCAGGCCCAGAGCAGACUGUCCCGGGAGAAGGAGCUGAGCCGGAGGACCCCGGCCAGGCUAGUCCAGCCAGGCUCCGGCGUGCUCUUCUCCGGCCCCACCCGGCUGCUCCAGGACUGCCUCCACAAGUCGCUCAAAUCACUCCCCCCCACCCACCAGCUCUCCUCAGCGCCCAGCCACCAUGCCUGCCCCGGCGCAGGCCACCACACCUCGCUCAGCUCCCUGCACCACACCUGCCAAAGUUCCCUGAAGCUCUCCACCUCCGACCCCUACCAUCAGCACCACCACCCCCACCUCGCCCACCACCACGCUCAGCAUCCCACCCACCACAACCAGCCCAGUUCAGGACACCACACCUGCCCGGGCUUCCUGCACCACCGGGACUCUACCAGCGGCGUUAAACCAGAGGUGUCCGUCAGGAGCUCCUCCAGAUCCGGCUCCUGCGACAAGUCCUCCAUCUUAUCAAAGUCUGCAUGCUCCUCCAAAGCUGCGUCUCCCAUGCCGUCCCCUCAUCCAUCCCCCCAUCCCUCUCCGUGUCCCUCCCCCUGUCCCUCUCUCAUCAUGCCUGCCGCCCCACCCUGUAGUCCUGACCGGCCCUGCUCGCCUUCCCUCAACCAGAAAGCCACCAUGACGGACAUGAACCGGCUGUCUGCAGACUGCAGACCCCAGCAGAGAGGAGCCACGCUGUCCCAGCUGUCAGACAGCGGCCAGACUCUGAGUGAGGACAGCGGGGUGGACAUCGCUGAGGCCGGAGGGCUCAGUAAGGACGGCAGCCCCCGGCCCAGCAAGAGUCAGCAGGGCCAGCUGGAGCCGCAAGGGGCCCAUGCACCGGCCCCGUCAGCCUCCACACAGACUGGCUCCCCGGUCCAGGGGCCCACCACCACCCUGGUACGAGUGCUGAAAAAUGCCAGCACCCUUGGCAUCGCUAUAGAAGGGGGAGCCAACACACGCCAGCCUUUGCCACGCAUAGUCACCAUACAGAAAGGAGGCUCGGCUCAUAGCUGUGGCCAGCUGAAGGUGGGUCAAGUCAUCCUGGAGGUCAACGGCAUUUCCCUGAGGGGUCGGGAGCACAAGGAUGCAGCCCGGAUCAUUGCCGAGGCCUUCAAGACCAAAGAGAAGGACCACAUUGACUUCCUGGUGGUUGACCCAGGGCUCUAGUGUGGGGACUUUGCACUUUAUGCAGCUUGGCUUAAGAAGAUAGUAUUGCUUGGAGGGAACCGUAUGAUCACCAUAUGAUGGUGCCCUCUAAUCAUGGCCCUCAGAUCUUCUAUCAAAUUUCAGGGAAUGGAUAAAUGAAAAUGAUGUGUGGGAUUGACUGCACUUUGAAAGUUUUGCACAACUUAAAUUGAAGAAGGGAGAUUGAUUAUUGCCGUAUCUGCCAUACCAAGGUCAGAUAGUGUUUGCAAAUAAUACUUGGAGUUUCAUGGGGACAAAUAUAGGGCCUUGCCACAAUAGGUGACAUGAAAAGAGUUUAGACAAUGACAGCAUAGCUUACCAGAAGGUGGGCUGUGAUUCAGUUGCACAGAUAUUCCUGGGACGCAGGGCUGCUCUAGAGAAAUAACCUUACUGAGUUAAACCUGAAUCAAUUUAGUCACAGAGCUGCAUUUUUUUUUUUUUUUACUCAAAUUAGCUAAUUUAAACGACAUGCAAGGAACUGUGAUCACAACAUGUCAAAACUACAAAUGGCAUUGACCAAGCUCAACAUCUUUGAAGGUCAGCAGGGUAGCUAGACUACCUAGUGGUUCCCAUCCCAGUCCUCAAGGACUCCAUGUGCUGUAGGAUCCAGUUCUGCUCUUGCACACCUGACCUAAUUAAGGUCCAUACACAUUCAUGCACACCCAGUUCAGGUAGAUCUGUUUCAGCCAAUCAGCAUGAAGCCCUUAAAGGGAUCAGGUAGGAAAGGGUAGAGCUGGAACAAAAACCUGCAAGACAGGGGGUCCUUGGGGACUUGGUUGGGAACCACGGAGGUCAGUCUAGCAAGGACUGUCUGAACUUGGAAGGUCAGCACGGUCACCUUAGUAACCCUAGAUUACCUUUUUUGGUGUCAAAGGUGGAGCCUGGGCCUGAGCCUAAUCUUAAUUAGUCAGAAAUGUGAUUGGAAAUGUCAUUAGAAAUCAACUGCAAAAUAGUAAAAGAAAUUCAGCCAAGCAGACCAACCAGUUUUUGAGGUUUUGCACUCCCCUACAUACAAUGUUGGAAACAUGCACCUAAACUAUAGUGACAGUCUUUGCUAGCUACACAGACACCACAGACAUUCACUUUUAUCUAGGGUGGCACUUUGGCACAAAACAAUAAAUUGACUUCAAAGUGUGAUGGUACACCCAGUUUCAGUCUCACUGCAACCUCGAGUUUGGAGGCUGUGACUAUAAGUGUUACCGUCUUUCUCAGACAACACCAGUGUUCCAGUUAACACCUCGCAAAAUAUUCUGUAUUAUUUCCAAUCCUUGUAACUCAGGUAAUGAGAUCUUUUCUGUCUCAAGAGCAGCUCUGUGACACUGUAUAAAUUGUCUUGAUGCAGUAGCCUAAUAACUGGAUAAAUGCCACCCAUCUGGUUCCCCAAGGAAAUUGAACUUUUUUUUUUUUUUUUUUUUUUUUUGCACACACUAUUUGACUCAGGUUUGGUAGAAUUACCCCAAUUUGUCUUUGGGAUAAAAGAAAUCCAUCAUUACUCCCAUCCCAACCAGCAUAUCAUAGGAAAAUACACUGACAGACAUACAGCAUGUGAAAUACUCUGCCUUAAUAGGGAGAAUUUAUCAUGAGGAUAUAUUCAAGCGAAGCCUUUGGUUCUUUAAUCAAUCAGUCAGUUAGUGCGGAAAUCAAACCUCCCCAAUCUCUGAAUCUGUACAUUAGCAGCUCCUUCAUGUUAAGCAAAAAUGGUGCUUUUCUUUCAAGAGCAGAUAUAUAUGUUUAAUUCAGAUCAUAGUCACUCUUUAUAAAUCCAUUUUAUAAAUCCAAGUCUUUAGUAUUUUAGUGACAUUGCCACAGCUACUUUAAUAGUUAUUCUAUGGCAACAUUAGUUGUAUGAUAGUUGGAAUAUUUAGCCUAAAAGUCACUACAUGAGUUUUUUGUAACACUGAACAUGUACAGCAUAAGAGCGGUUGAUCUUUUCCAAGGGUGGAACACAUCAGUUCUAUAAUUUAAAUGCAUACAUUUCGUUUUAGUUCAUGUCUUGCCCAUAUACCCUGCAGCUGAGAUCAGUGAAGGUCUUAUAUUAAUUAGCAUAUCCAUAUCCGGCGGCCUAUGGGGUACUAAUGAGGACUGAGACUGAAUCAGUGGUAAUGAGUCAGUGGGCUGUUGAUGCACGGUUAAACUGUUCAGGUUGGGGUGUCACUCUCCUGGUGACACCCCAAGGUGUGAACAUUAGAGAAAUCAGACCCAGACUAUCAAGAGCAGGGAAAUUGAUAGUGUCACCACACAGUACCAGUUCGCCCCAAAAUUACUGAAACAUAAUAAGAUCCCAUGGAGGUGGAACAAAGUGUUUGGCCAUUCAGAAUCCUGGCUGCUAUCAUUCAAGAUAAUUCCUGUGUUAUAAAGGCAAACACAGGAGAGCUUUUCUGUCUUUCAUUUUCCUUUAUUGACACUUUUUCUUUCACCGCUCUUGCAUUAUGUUGCUGUAGAUGUGUUCAUUGAAAUUACAGAACCUAAAAAUGCAUCUUCCAAAGCAUUCUGAUUUAAAGCAGCUUUAGGGUGCAAGGGUACGGGCAUUAGGUGAUGAAGGGGACGGGGGGCGAUAGCUGCUUGCACACACACUGCUCUUUUCGAGGGCGUAUUUUUGCGGCACAACUUGAUUUGCACAACUUGUCUAAGUCAAUAAGACAAAAACUCUGUGACAACCGAGGCACAAAGAACGGUGUUAAUUGUUCUCACAAUGAAAUCUUAGUGAACCUGGAUAUGAAUGUUUGGUUGAUUGCUCCAAAAAUGUAACUGGGGGGAAAACUUUAUCAGUACCUGCUGUGAUGCAGUGGUAUAUAAAGAGUUGAGUCUAUUAUGACCUCCAGUUAGUGAUCAUCCUACUUCAAAAAACCACCAAUGUAAAGAAAUCAAUCAUAUUUGAUGAAUAUCUUGGCAUCUUCCUAUAACUUCCAUCAGGUUGAUUUAAAAAACUAUGACAUACACUAUGAAGUUAGUACAAAGAGAUGAGAUAAUCCAAUUAAAAAGGUGGUAAACUAUUAAAAAAGUGAGUUUAGGUGAGGUCACUUUCAACCACAUCACUGAUUACCUUCACUGACUGCCUACAUUAUCGGCCUGUUUGUACUGUGGUGUAGUGGUUUUCAACCUGGGGCUGGGCCAUCCUGAGAUGAUUGUUUAGGAGUCACAAAAUGAUCUAGGGAAUGUCUAAAACUAUAUUUCUAAUACGCAAAUUAAUCACCUAACUGCAUGCCAGUGCUUGCAACAUAGUGGCCAUCAUUUUGCUUUUUGGUGCCGCAAACCCAAAAGGUUGAAAACCACUGCAGUGUGGAGGAGAGGAGGACAAUCAGUGGCAUGUGGCUUUCUUUUGCUCUGCCCUUUCAAAAAGGGUUGUUCACUUAAUGAGGCUGAGAUGAUAUUUUAAUAUUCUUUUUUUCAUAAUUCCCAAAGUAAUACAGUAGAAUGCAGUUAUCCAAGUUGAG